AUGGCCAGCGAUGAGUUCAAUGACGAUACAGAGUUCGACUUGCCUGACGUACCAAGUGCACCCAUGCCGCCGCAACAGCAAGACAUGAUGGAACAAAUGAUGCAACAAAUGAUGGGCGGCGGCGCAGAGACUCCCAAAGCACAGUCACGCAACGUUGCCGCGGAUGGCGAUGAAGAUGGUCCUCACAAGCAAUGGACAAGCGUAUAUCCCAUAUACCUGGACGCCAAGCGGCGAUACCGACACGGCUGCCGACGUGUCGCUUACCACAAGGCCCUGUUAUUUCCCAACAGCCAACUGAUCGCCAACGCCGCUCGCAAGAUGCAGCUCGAGUUUAUGCAUGAACCGUAUCGUAAGCACCCGCAAGACUGGGAAAAUCCCGGUCGCGUCAAAGUGCGUCUUUUCGAUGAUCAAGGCACCCCAAUCCGGGCAGACCUCCCCACAAAACAAGCUUUGUUGAAUUCUAUGGCUACGCUUCUACAGCCUGUUGUGGGGGGUCAGCCGCCUCCGUUGACGCCGCGAGAAAAGGUGUCGAAGCGCUCUUCGCGUGCGGCUCUUCGAAGCCGGCAGCGCUGCAUCCGGAACGCACGUACGGUGGAUCACAUCCCACCCCACAGUCCUGCCAUGCCAUCGGGCCUACUGAACAUUCGCAUGAGUCAGAUGCCCGGGGCUGACGCACUUAAGCAGAUGGGCCCACUUGGCAACAUGAUGAGCUCUUUGGGUUUGGGAGAUGAAGACGACGAUGAAAAGACAGACACAGACGCGUCCCAGCAGGCAGCCAACCGUCCGGCCCCCUCGUUGGGCCGCCGUCAGCGCCGCCGCGUCGUUCGUAUCGGCCGCUAG